GCUGAAGACGCUGAAGGGGAUCGCAAAUUUGACUGAGAUAGACGUUGAAGACGCUAGAGCGGUGCGAACUCAACGGAGAUUCACGCACAUAAUUAGUGACAAACGUUUAUUCGCGAUCAGAGGUAUGGAACAGCUUAUGGUUACUGUUCUAUUUGAUGGAAGGUGGAAUACAGAAAAGAGAUUUUUAGCACACUCUACUCAUGGACUUUUGCUUGAAGUUGAUGGAUCAUAUAGUAAUUUGUUGUUUGCACUACGAGAGAUGUUGAACCUUGGUAAUGAUGUGGAUAUUAAAGCCAUAUCUUACCAGAUUGACAAAGCUUUCCACCCGACAACAAUAG